ACUUUCAAUUAGUCACGCCCAACCCGGCACUGCAUGUACCAUGUACGCACGGUGAUGGAAAGAAGAUAGAUCCUCGUUUAACACAGAAUUGAAAUGGCAAUAUCCGCUGAUCACAUCCGGGAUAAACUUACUAAGGAACUCGCGGCAGUGCACGUGGAUGUGGAGGAUACGUCACCCAACAGAUGUGCUGCCAGUUUCAAAGUCCUCGUGGUGUCGCCCCAAUUUGAGGGAAAGCCACUGUUGCAGAGACACAGGAUGGUGAAUACAUGUCUGGCCGAGGAGCUGAAAGAGAUCCACGCUUUUGAACAGAAGACCCUCACACCAGAACAGUGGGAGAAACAGAAGUCACAAUGACACACGCACAUUAUAUCACAUUCCCAUCAGUUUGUAAAUCAUCCCAUUAAAUAGGCCUCAGUACCUGACAAUAAAACACUUUGAUGCUG